GCAGCUGUAGCAUGAGGAACGAGGCUGGAUUGUCCCAUGAGCUGUGUGGUAUAAAGGUUUAUACAAGAGAAGUGACUAUGAAGCCUUCAUCAUCUUUGGUUUAACUGCAUAUUUCGAAUAAGAUGGAUGAAUUGGUUGUUCUUGACCUCCUGGAUUGCCCCUUAUGCCUUGGAAAAUUGGAUGUUAAUGCCAAGGUGCUGCCAUGCCAACAUACCUUUUGCCAGCCUUGUCUGCAGAGACUAUUUAAAGCCAAAAAGGAACUGAAAUGCCCAGAAUGCAGGACCCCUGUACAAUGCAGCAUUGAAGAGCUGCCAGCCAACUUAUUAUUAGUACGAAUACUAGAUGGCUUGAGAGGUGGGCAAACCCUUCUGAGAAGAAACUCCUCACGGAGGAUGGGGGGACUCUUUGCCCAAGAUUCUUUAAAGAAGAGCAAAGCAAACAGAGCAAGCCAGGAUUCUACAAGUAGGACCAUUUCCAAGGCCAGGAUGCCUGUAGAUGGGCAAUCUUUUUUUAAAGCCCUCACAACCUACAGGGGUAAUUCACCCAGAGAUCUGACCUUGAAUAAAGGAGAUAUAAUUGUUCUACACAGACAACUGGAUGAGAACUGGAACAAUGGACAAGCCAACAGGGGCAGCAGAAUAUUUCCUGAGACCUCGGGGAAGUUUCUACAGCAGGCGCCUGCACUUUGCAAGGCUAUGUACAAUUUUGAUGUGAAAGAAAAGAACAGGGAAAGCAAGGAUUGCCUGAAAUUUCAAAAGGAUGAUGUUAUCAGUGUGAUCCGACGCGUGGAUGAAAACUGGGCAGAAGGCAAGCUUGGAGAUCAAGUGGGCAUUUUUCCACUCAUGUUUGUAGAGCCAAACCAAACAGCCAAGCAACUGUUGGAGUCAAAGAAAAAUAGAAGCAACCACAAUAAUGCCCUCUAUCCACUGAUAAAAGUGCCUUCAAAGGUUAAAGGUACAGAAGUGGCACCAAACCAUACGAUGCAAGAGGGUCGGAGGAAAGGCCCACGUCAGUUUCUGAUCACAAAUGCCUUGAACAGAUUCAACAAAAUGGUUCAUUCUCCAACAGGCCGUCAAACUCCUGAAAUAAGCAGCCCUAUUCUUAUUAGUUCCAGCAAUCCUGCAGUCAUCGAGAAGGCAGAGGCCUUGUCCAGCUCACCAGCACAGCUGAAUACGUCCAAUUACUAUCCCACAUUUGGAACACAGAGCAACGGAACACCAUUUAUGGCUCUUCCCAGUUCUCACCAGACUAUUUUGGCAAACAUGUGUGUUGUUCUGCAUCCAUACAUGGCUAAUGGCCCAGAGGAAAUGGACCUCCAGAGAGGGGAAGGAGUCCGUAUCCUAGGGAAAUUCCAGGAAGGUUGGCUCCGAGGAGUAUCACUAGUUACUGGAAAAAUUGGACUCUUUCCAAGCCACUGUGUUAGUCCUGUAUACAGGAAAUCAUCCAACUACUCUGAUCAUAGAGUGUCAGCAAAUAGCACUAAAUGGAUAUCAAGCAGUGCUUCGGUUUCUUCACAAGGCAGCAUGUCUGAAAAUGGAUUCACCCGCCCCGUCCGACCUUUUGUACCAACUGCUGUGGUCGAACCAAUGAAACAGAGCAUGCCUUCAGCAGUGGUAACCCUCAGGAGGAACAGCAAUAUUCUCAGAAAAUGUUCAACUCUUCAGAGGAAUUCCCAGAGCAAUUCCGCUGCCCUUCCCAUGACUCCCAUUAACCGACCUUCUUCAGCCAUCAUUCAGUCUCAGCCAAUCCAAAUUAUUUAUAAUGCCUCCCAAUCCAAUGUUGGCGCGAGUGCUGAGAACUGUCCAAGACCGCAGUCAGCCUACGAUACACUAUCUUCUGGUGGCAGAGCAAAAGAUUACAGGAGAUAUUCUACUGCCAGCUAUGUUUUCAUAGAAACUAAUGAAUCCUCUGCUAAAAGCGAUCAAGCAGUAAAAUCCCCAUCCAGCGGGCCACCAUCUAUUCUAGUGAAACCAGAUACACCUAAGAGCGCAUCUGACAAGCAGGUGAAGACAGUGAGGUUCUUGAAUUUUAGUCCCCCUCCACUAAAACGCCAGGGGUCUCAGAUACAACACAUUAGCAGGAAUGAGCAGCUAUUGACUGAGGUGGAAGGAAAUGCAGAAAUCUCGAAUCAACAGCAACGAGCUAUCUCCAUCACAAUAAAGCCAACGGAAAACCGAAGAAUGUACAAACAAAAAAGUUCCAGCAGUGACAUUGUUGUCCCUAAAUCACCAGCAAUUUCUGUUGCCAGCAAAAGAGGGCCCAAUGAAAGCAGGAAAAGAUGGAGUGCUGCCUAUUACCCGCAAGAUAUUCUCUCCUCUUAAAUUUGCUUUAUGGAACUUGAGAUAUAGAAUACUAUCUUCAGCCCUGCUCUUUCUUUAGUGAUUUUUUUCUACUUUUUUUUUGCCUUGGUAAAUUAUAUUUUGUGUCAGAGUUUCAGUGUAUCUUUUUCAUCCAUUCAUUUUGUCGUUCUGGACAGACUUACCAUGUCGAGCAAAGGAUCACUGGCAGGUUCAGUAAUAAAUGUCUUUUCUUCACCUCA